GCCUGGCUAUGCCAGAUAGCGUAGGAUAUCUAAAAGCUAGAGAGCUUCUUCAUGAACAGUACGGUCAGUCCUACCACAUAGCUACAGCAUUCGUCGGGAAGAUUGUUAACGGACCUACCAUCGCUAACGAAGAUGGCAAAGCGUUACAAAAGUUCUCAAUCCUGCUAACUAGCUGCUUAAAUACACUAAACGAAAUCGGGUAUGCGAGUCGAUUAGAAAAUCCGGAAGGGUUUCAAAGGAUAAUGGAGCGCCUUCCAUUUCGUCUUAAGCAGCAAUGGCGAGAAAUAGCAGUUAGUAUUACAGUGAAAGAAAAACGAGACCCUACCUUGAGAGACAUGCAGCAGUUUGUCGAGGCACGAUCAAGAGUAGCAAACCACCCCAUAUACGGAAAGCUUACAGAGAGCAAACCCCCCAACAGCGUAAAUCAACCCCAGAAGAGGUAUUAUGGGAAACCAUCUUCAUUUGUCGCAGAAGCACGGCAAGAAUCAAUAUCACAAAAUCCGACUCAAAACAGAAAACAAGUAAAAUGUCCGUCUUGCGAAAAGGACCACUGGCUGUCUCAAUGUCCGGAUUUCAAAAAAGCAUCGAUCGCCGAGAGAAAAGAGAUAAUUAAAAACAAAAAUCUUUGUCGGAACUGUCUUGUUCCCGGUCAUUAUGUUUUCAAGUGCUCAAAAGGCAGUUUUUGUCGCAUAGAAGUGUGCGAUAAAAAGCACUCGACCUUUCUUCAUAAGAGGGAAGAGCGAGCCAAGUCAAAAGAAAAAGAAAACGAGCAAACCUCAGAAAAUGCAGCGCACGCACAGAGUAAACCAUCGAACGGCUACGUCCAAACAUUUAAGUCAUCCCCAUCCGCCGGCACAGCCAUAGGCCCUCCUAUCGUCCCUGUCCAUGUGAGAGCAAAGGGACACAUCUCCUCCGUGCGAACUUACGCAUUCCUCGAUCCUGGUUCAAAUACAUCGUUUUGCACUAACAAGAUUCUGAAACAGCUAAACAUCAAGGGCGAAAAGACUACGUUAUCUCUGACCACACUCCACGGCAAAAACAAGCCGGUGAACUGCUUCUUAGUCGACUUAGAAGUCCUCGAUCUAAGCGGCAAGAUAUGUUUUGAUCUACCAUCCGUGUAUUCUCGUCCCAGCCUCCCAGUCUUUACCAGUGCUGUGGCCAAACAGCAAGACACCGACAAGUGGUCACACCUAGAAGGGGUAUAUGUGAGAAACAUCGAUGCUGAAAUCGGCCUGCUGAUAGGAAAUGAUUGCCCCGUUGCCUUACAGCCCAGUGAAGUUAGACAGAGCCAGGAUGGAGGUCCCUACGCUGCGCGCACCAUGUUUUGUUGGGUAAUAAACGGCCCCCUUGGAAGAGAAGCCGAAGGUGAAAAUGUUCGUACCGCUAAUCUUAUCCAUUCUUAGAAUGAUCUCAAUCAACAGUUCGAGAAUUAUUGCAAUCUAGAGUUGAUUCUACUUAUUCGGAAAAUCUUGCUCUCUCACACAAAACGACCGUCGCGCACUUGAGAUAAUGGAGAACACGGCCACUCAAAGACGGCCGUUACGAAAUCGCGUUACCGUGAAAACACUAUCCACCGGCGUUACAAAAUAAUCGAGAACAAGCUGAAGGGCGUCUACAGUCCCUCAAGAAACGAUUGUUGUCGGACGCAAAUCUUCACGAAAAGUACGCAAAGUUUAUGAGUGAUCUAACAGAAAAAAGCUAUGCUCAAAAGGUCCCACCCAAAGAUCUAAAGAAAGAAAACGCCUUCUAUCUCAUUCACUUCCCAAUCAUGCCGACCCCCUCUAAGCCGAAAGUCUGCGUCGUCUACGACUGUCAAGCGAAAUACAAAGGCACAUCGCUGAACGACGAGAUUUUACAGGGGCCGGAUCUAGCCAACUCACUAGUUGGAGUGCUAACCCGCUUCAGAAGGGAACCCAUAGCCUUCAUGUCCGACAUCGAAACGAUGUUCUACCAAGUGCGAGUACAAGAAAGAGAUCGAAAUUACCUAAGAUACCUAUGGUGGCCAGAUGGAAAUCUACAGGCAGAACCAGAAAAGUACCAGAUGCUGGUCCACCAGUUUGGAUGUGUCUCGUCACCGAGUUGCGCCAACUACGCGCUAAAGAAAACUGCUGAAGACCACAAAGCAGACUACCACCCAUCAGUCAUUCAAGCCGUAGAGAAGAGUUUCUACGUGGAUGACUGUCUUCACUCCACCCCUACAGAAGCAGAAGCAGUGAGACUGGCAACCGACCUUCGCGAGUUACUAGCGAGAGGAGGAUUUCGUCUCACAAAGUUCGUAUCAAAUUCUAAAGAGUUGCUAAGUUCUCUUCCAGAGUCUGAAAGAACCACAUCAGUCAAAGAUCUUGAUUUCGAUCCUCACCUCACAGAGAGGGAAUUGGGAGUUCAGUGGAACGUUAACUCCGAUACAUUCAGCUUUAAAAUCAAUCAGAAAGAGAAACCAACAAACAGAAGAGGUUUGUUAUCCAUUAUCAGUUCAAUCUACGAUCCUUGGAUUCGUAUCUCCGAGCAUUCUACCAGCGAAGGCAAUCCUCCAAGACCUCUGUCGCCAAGGGCUUGGAUGGGAUGACGAAAUCCCAGAUGCAGCAAAGGCUAAGAGGGAAACCUGGCUGCAAGAUCUACCCAAGCUUGAAGGCUUCUCUAUUCCCAGAUCCUUCAAGUAUCUCAACUCCGAGGAAAUCGUGAAAUAUGAGCUACAUCACUUCUCUGCUGCGUCAAGCACAGGAUAUGGUGCCGUCUCGUAUCUCCGACAAAUCUACGCCAACGGCAAGUCAAGCUACUCUCUUGUCAUGGCAAAAUCAAGACUAGCACCACUAAAAGCAAUGACGAUUCCAAGAAUGGAGUUGUCCGCCUCUGUACUAGCAACCAGUCUUGACAAAAUGAUCACGCAAGAAAUCGACCUCCCACUAGCAAAGUCCACCUUCUGGACAGAUAGCACAUGCGUUAUUCGCUACAUCGAAAACCGAAAAAAGCGAUUUCAAGUCUUUGUGGCGAACAGAGUCGCCGCCAUUCUAGAUGAAUCUGAUCCAACGCAGUGGAGAUAUGUAGACACCGCAAACAACCCUGCUGAUGAAGUUUCGAGAGGCAGUAGAUGAGCUACUGCAAAAUGAGCGUUGGACACAGGGGCCGGCGUUCUUGGGACAAGCAGAAGAAACCUGGCCACAGCGACCAGCAAGUAUUUGCGAAAUUCAACCAGAUGACCCAGAAGUAAAGAAACAAUCGUCAGUCUUUGAGUCUAAGUCAAAAGAAGAAGACUCCUUCAGUAUGGUAUUCAAGCCGAGCUUGAAAUCUUCAAACACAUCCAGAAACUCGGCUUUGAGAAAGAGCUUUCGACCCUCAAGUCAAAUGCGAAAAUCGAGAAAGAUGCGAGUACUCUACAGUCGAUCACAAAGUCAAGCAACAUCUACAAGUUUGAUCCGAUCCUAGAUAACGGGUUACUACGCGUAGGAGGACGAUUACAUCGCGCCUCGAUCGACGACGCCGCUAAACACUCGAUCAUAAUUCCAAAUCAACACCACGUCGCGAGAUUGAUAAUUGAGUUCUAUCAUAAGUUAUCCGGUCACUCAGGUGUCGAGUACACACUCUCUUUAGUGCGUCAGAAAUUCUGGAUUAUCGGAGCGAGAUCCUCGGUACGAAGUGUCCCUUAAAUCGUGUUUCGAUUGUCGUAAACGCCAGUCUCCCGUCGUUCAACAAAAAAUGGCAAAUCUGCCAGAAGAUCGCGUCACUGCUUCAAAACCGCCGUUUACGUCUGUCGGAGUAGAUUGCUUCGGUCCUUUCCUAGUGCGGAGAGGAAGGGACGAAGUCAAGAGAUACGGAGUUUUGUUCACCUGUCUAGCGUUAAGAGCCGUGCAUAUCGAGAUAGCAAACUCACUAGAUACAGAUUCAUUCAUCAACGCACUCCGUCGGUUUAUUGCGAGAAGAGGUCUACCAGAAGAGAUGCGUUCGGAUAAUGGAGGGAACUUCGUAGCUGGCGAAAGAGAACUACGAGAAGCAAUCAAAGAAUGGAAUCAAGCACAGAUUCAUGAUUACCUCAGUCAACGCGGCAUCAAGUGGACAUUCAACCACCCUGCUGGCUCUCCUCAUGGAGGUGUGUGGGAGCGCUGCAUACGCACUGUGCGCAAGGUUCUGUGCGCUGUAGUCAAAGCGCAGCAUCUGGAUGAUGAAAGUCUGACAACUCUGAUGUGCGAGGUCGAAUCUAUCGUCAACGGUCGACCUAUCACAAAGCUAUCUGAUGAUCCACGUGAUGCAGAACCCCUUACGCCUAACCAUUUGCUACUAUUACGGGCAGGACCUACUGUCCCCCCUGGAAAGUUCGUCAAGCAAGACAGCUACAGCCGCUCGAGAUGGCGACAGGUGCAAUACCUCGCGGAUGUAUUCUGGAAGAGAUGGACACGGGAGUACCUGCCGUCACUCCAGCAACGCCAAAAGGGGAACAAGCUACGUGCUAACGUGUCAGUGGACGACAUUGUGCUGGUGCUAGAUGACAGCAAACCGCGCAGCUCAUGGCCGCUGGCACGUGUAUUGGAAAUUCACACCAGUAGCAGCGAUGGACUCGUGCGCUCCGUCAAACUUAAGACAAGCACCGGAGUGCUAGUGCGUCCUGUGGACAAUAUCGUCAUGCUGGAAAUUACAGAUGCAACCGUCACAACCAGCGAUAAGUAAUCAGGACUGUUUUAUAGAACUGUGGUCUAUUACGUUCAUUGAUCUAUCUGAUACUUUCAAACACUAUCUAGUAUUAGUUACAUUAGUUUUUAGGUAAAGCCUAACGCCUUUAAGGGGCCGGAAUGUUAGUUUUAGGGAAACUAUAUUUAAAAUUCUUGAUUGACAGAAAAGCUUGAUUAUUAUUAUUAGAAGUUUAUAGAAUUCGGAAAGUACAGGAAGUCACGUCGGUAAAACGCCUACAUGGCCGUAAAUAUUCCUGCUAGGAAAUACGCAAUACGCCGUAUAUUUCCGCGAUGCCCCACGUCUUACGUGUCGCGUAGAUUAGGACACGUCCCAAACAGGGAUAAAUAUAUAUGUUGUAGUCGAAAAUGAAUGUUAGUCCAAAAUAAAAUUGGACUAGUCCAAAA